GGAGGAGUCCUUCGUUCCUUCCGGUUCUGCGCCCCUACCCUUUCUCUGGGCCCCUCCUACUUGCAGCCCCUGGGGCUCAGCGGGACUAACCGCCGGGCUGAGAACUCAGCUGUCGAGCCCCGCCCCCAGCCUCGGGCUGUUCCCCAGAGUAAGCCUGAGGCAUACCCCUGCCCCCCGCCCACCUGCAGUGGGCUCGCUCGCGGCCUGUACAACCUUCCCCGCAAGCCAUAUUGGGCUCUCCCUCGCGUCUCCCACCCCCGCGUCCUCUGUAGGGAGCCCGCCCCUAGCCAGUUCCGGGGCGGUUGCUCCCACCAACCGGAACUCCCCGCCCCCUCCCGUGGCCUGGGGGCCGUAGGAGGCAGCAGGAGGCUGCAGUGAGGAGGUAGAGGGGGUGGGGGCCGCGUUAGGGGGUCCCUAGAGGACGGGGACCCUGAAGGCAAGUCACUGGGGCGACCCACGGGAGGGGCCAGCCAUUACACAGGCGCACUUCUGUGCCAGGCACUGAACUGGGCUCUUGACGAGCAUCCUCUCUUAAUCCUCAGAACAUCCCGGGGAGAUGGAAAAGCCGAGACUCAGGAAGGUUAAAUAGUAUGUUCAGAGCUACAUAAAUAGAGAAUGGUAAAGGCUGGGCUUGAACCCAGUUCCACAGGGUCCUGUAUCCUGGGCCAUGAGUGAACUGAAGGACUGCCCCUUGCAGUUCCAUGACUUCAAGUCAGUGGACCACCUGAAGGUCUGUCCACGCUACACGGCCGUGCUAGCCCGCUCUGAGGAUGAUGGCAUCGGCAUCGAGGAGCUGGACACUCUGCAGCUGGAGCUUGAGACUCUGCUUUCCUCUGCCAGCCGGCGUCUGCGGGUUCUCGAGGCUGAAACCCAGAUCCUCACUGACUGGCAGGAUAAGAAAGGUGAUCGACGAUUCCUGAAGCUGGGUCGAGACCAUGAGCUUGGAGCUCCCCCAAAACAUGGAAAGCCGAAGAAACAGAAACUGGAAGGGAAGGCGGGACAUGGGCCAGGCCCUGGGCCUGGCCGGCCCAAAUCCAAAAACCUUCAGCCCAAGAUCCAGGAAUAUGAAUUCACUGAUGACCCAAUUGACGUGCCACGGAUCCCCAAGAAUGAUGCCCCCAACAGGUUCUGGGCUUCGGUAGAGCCCUACUGUGCUGAUAUCACCAGUGAGGAAGUACGCACACUAGAGGAACUACUGAAACCCCCAGAAGACGAGGCUGAACAUUAUAAGAUCCCACCUUUGGGGAAGCACUACUCCCAGAGAUGGGCACAGGAGGACCUGCUGGAGGAACAGAAGGAUGGGGCCCGGGCAGCAGCCGUGGCUGACAAGAAGAAAGGUCUCAUGGGGCCACUGACUGAACUGGACACUAAAGAUGUGGAUGCCCUGCUGAAGAAGUCUGAGGCCCAGCAUGAGCAGCCGGAAGAUGGGUGCCCCUUUGGUGCUCUGACGCAGCGCCUCCUACAGGCCCUGGUAGAGGAAAAUAUUAUUUCCCCUAUGGAGGAUUCUCCUAUUCCUGACAUGUCUGGGAAAGAAUCAGGGGCCGAUGGGGCAAGCACCUCUCCCCGCAACCAGAACAAGCCCUUUAGUGUGCCACAUACAAAGUCCCUGGAGAGCCGCAUCAAGGAGGAGCUGAUUGCCCAGGGCCUGCUGGAGUCAGAGGACCGCCCUGCAGAGGACUCAGAGGAUGAGGUCCUCGCAGAGCUGCGCAAACGGCAGGCCGAGCUGAAGGCACUCAGUGCCCACAACCGCAACAAGAAGCACGACCUGCUGAGGAGUGCCAGCCUGGGGUGGUGUGUAGGUUCAGUCUGGAAGAGGGGGUGGGGGCUGUGGAGGUGGGCUUCCCAGGGCACCUGGCUGGCUGGUCCCCACAGGCUGGCAAAGGAGGAGGUUAGCCGGCAAGAGCUGAGGCAGCGGGUCCGCAUGGCAGACAAUGAGGUCAUGGAUGCCUUCCGGAAGAUCAUGGCUGCCCGUCAGAAGAAGCGGACCCCCACCAAGAAGGAGAAGGACCAGGCCUGGAAGACUCUGAAGGAGCGUGAAAGCAUCCUAAAGUUGCUGGAUGGGUAGCCCUCACUCCUGCCUCAAGCUGCCUUCCCCUGGCCUCGGGGAAGGAGGGGUGGGAAGCCCACUUCCUUCUUUGGGCUACCUGAACCAUAGGCCUGUGGCUGCCUGUAAAAUGUCAAAUUGUGACAGUCUCUAGAGGACUGUGGCCUUUCCCUGAGUUCUUUUGGCCUAGCUCUGUAGAGCCAGGAUAUGGGAGGCUCUGUUGGGCUGGCCUAGGGCCUAGUCUGUGCUUCCCCCUCUUUACUAUCCCCCACUCCCACUCCUCUCUCCCUCAAGGACUUCUCUCUUGUGGUUUUGUAAAGUGCAAACCUAAAAGUAAAGUGACUGCUGUGGUUUUUUAAAAAGUA